AUGGCAGAGACUUGGCUUCAAUCAGCUGCUCGCAACUCAGUCUUUGAGGUCUUAAAGCGCCUUCAACACGGCUGCUUAACUAUCGCAACUAAAUACACCAACGAAAAGAGCCAGAGCGUAACUUUCGGCAAUGGUAACUCCGAAUCAGAUCUUGGUGUUGUAGUCAUCAUCAAGAAUCCGCAAGUUUUUGUUCGAUUCUGUCAAGGAUUUGACUUGGGCGUCGCAGAGUCUUACAUGGCCCAAGACUUGGAAUGUGACAAUCUGGUUGGGCUAUUCUCGCUUUACAUAAGAAAUAAAGACUUUUUGAGCGCUUCCGCUGGUAGCCUUCUAUAUACAUUUCUACCCCGCGCAGCUCAAUAUCUUUUGCCGGCCAACGACACUAUAAAUGCCCUCAAGAAUGCAUCGUUUCACUAUGAUACUUCCAACAAACAUUUUGCUGGCUUCUUAUCCCCCGACAUGAACUAUAGCUCUGCUAUCUGGUCAGGCGAGCCGGGAGAGCCACUCGAGUCAGCUCAACGCCGCAAGGUCCAGAACAUUCUCGACAAAGCCAGCAUUUCGUCUACUGAUCAUGUCUUGGACAUUGGAUGCGGCUGGGGAAACUUGGCUAUUACCGCAGUUCAGCAGACUGGAUGCCGAGUAACUGGCCUCACUCUGUCGGCAGAGCAAAAAGCCCUCGCGGAAGAACGAAUUGAGGCUGCCGGUUUGCAGGACAAGAUCACCGUCUUGCUUUGUGAUUACCGCAAAGCUCCUGUUCCCGAGGGUGGGUAUGAUCGAAUUAUCUCUAUUGAGAUGUUGGAGCACGUUGGUGACAAGUUUAUGAACACGUACUUUGAACAUAUUUCCAAAUAUCUCAAGUCAAAUGGAGGCCGGAUGGUUGUUCAAGGCAUUACAAAAAUUAAUUCUCUGAACGCCAGUGGCCAAGCGCUCGGCGACUUUCUUUACCAGUAUAUCUUUCCAGGAGGAUAUCUUCCGACCAUUAACCAGCUCUUGACCUCAAUUCAUAACGGCUCCAACGGUACGCUGGAAGUAGAAACGGUUCAAAGCAUUGGGCCUCACUACGUUCAAACACUGCAAAGCUGGAAAGACAACUUUGACGCAAACUGGGACAGCAUCAAAGAGGACUUUGUGGGCAAGAAUCCGGAAGCCACAUAUUCGACUAUUGAAGCUCAUCGGCGACGGUGGAUAUACUAUUUCCAAUACUGUCUGGCUAUCUUUAAGAUGCGUAUUCUAGACGACUAUAUCAUUUCCGCUGUUAGGACUCCUUGGCCUGAAAUAGAAUCAAAUAUUCCACAAUAG